UGAAGGCGUGCAAAAUGCAGCUCGGAGACGGAAAGUGGACGUGAGAAAUGUUGGCGUGCUGUUAGCGGAGGCUCGUGUUUGAGUUGGAGAAAAGGUGGAAUCACCUCAGAGGAGCGAGGCGGGAGGGGAGGAGGAGGGAGGAGGAGGGGGUGUAUGGACCGAGCUGCUGACGGGACCCACAGCCACCCCGGUUAUUCCGCUCCGCUCGCAUCUUUUUUCGGAGGUGAGGACAAAAGGAGGGGAGAAAGAAAAAAAAAAAAAAAAAAAACAACAACAGCAAAAAACCAGAGUGGGGGGGGGAUCGGGAAGGAAAAAGGCCCCGGGAUCCGAGUGUCGUGACGGGCCCCCCCGACUUCGCCGCCGCUGGUCGGGGUUGUCUGGACUCGGAACAGGCGGAGGGGGAAAAGCGGCGGAGCAGUCGACUCGAGUCUGGGGUUUCCUGCCACAAAACAGCCUUUCACUGUUCGAGGGGCCUGCUGUUUGCUCCGUUUCAGAGUUGUGAAGGCUUCUGGUCGGCCGCUCCUGGAAAAAUGAAGUUAUCUGCAUGGAAAUACUGAGGGGAAACAGAAAAUGGAAGCUCGAAUUGACUGAACCUGAAGUGGAAUAAAUGGAUUACCCUCCCUUUGGAAAAUUGUUGCCAUGGAACUAGGUAGAAUUAAAUGAUGGUUGACAGAGAAAAACAAAGGUAAGGCUGCUAAAUGCUGAAGACGCAGGAGGGAGAGUGGAGAACCUGAACGCAGCCAGAGGAAAGGACGUUUGCUAAAUAGGGACCAAAUACUUCUACAGUCCGAAUGAAUGCAUGCUGCUAAAAACUAAAAAAGAAAAAAAAAAGGGAAUGACCAACAAAGAGAGCAUCUGAAAAAGUGUUACACGCUGCAGUCCGUGAGCCAAUGAGAAUUUCCAUGGAGUGUUUGCCCCUGGGAGUGUUCAGUGAGGGUCUGCAUUCAGACCUUGCGAUUCUGUUACUGGAGUUUUUGUCUCACACAGGUGUGAGCCAGGUCCCGGCAGACUCACACAUGUUGACGAACUGAAGGACUGCAGCGACAGAACACAGCCUCAAUGGUUUUAUUCAGAUUUUUCUUUUUCCCCUUUUCACAAGACUCUAUUGGAUUCGGAGCGGGUUCAACCUUAAAAUAGCUCUGCUCGCUCCAGCCGUUAUUAUAGCGGAGUGUAUACAUGUUAAGACGUUUAAGGUUGAAGAUCUCACAUGGUGAUGUGGCAGCGGUCCAUGAUUUCGUUGCCUGUUUAGUGCCAAACUGCUUCAGCUUUGUGGGAAUAAUUCCUCAUUUUUUGGAAGUCUGCUUCACUACGUUUUUCUUUUUCUAGUUUUUUCAGUUCCCAGCUGGUAAAUGCACCUCCUUUAGGUGAACAUAACCCUCACAGUGGAAAAGUAAGAUUUCCUUUUUUUCUAUUAUCAGCCUCGCAAUCCACUACAUACGUUACAACAACAUUAUAACAUCUGCAAAAUAUAUAUUUCUUUGCUUCUGCUCUUUGGUGGACUUCACAAGUAUUUCCUUGUUUUACUGCCAGGCUUGAUACUCUCUUUGUCAUUGAUGGUUGCUGCCAUAAGCCUUCCAGUUUCUAAUCAGAACCGUUCCCUGAUAUAGACACUGACAGAUAUUUCUUUUUUUUUAUUAUUAUUAUUAUUAUCCAGACCUGGAAAAACAAUGCAGAAUUUUUCUAACAGUCCUGCUCCCCCCUCUCUGCCACCCGGCUUCAGUGGGAGGGGUGGAGGCGGACCUCCGUAUCCCCCUCAGCCUGCAGAACCCCAGAUUUCCCCGAGGAUGACGGAUGAUUACGUGGCAAUGCAACAGCAGAGCCUGCACAGAGGCCAUCACCACCCAACUCAAGCCAGCCACAUCCUCGCUUACAGCGCGAGAAACCGAGGAGCUUUGGAGCUGCCGCCGUCACAGGGUAACAUUCACAGCGGCAGCAGCAACAACCCGUACAGGAAGGACGCCAUGGAUUAUUAUUUUUCAAUGGGAGGAAAGGACAGGCACAGAAGGGGAGGAAUGGCGUAUGGAGGAGGCUUCGGCUACCCAAACCUUGAUGGACAUAUACCUCACCAGUACCGGCACCCUGGAUCGAGCACUACACCGUCAUCAGGCCUGAUGUCACCCUAUCCAGUGGACUAUGCCUCCAGCGGUGGUUCUGGUGGAGGUGCUGGAGCGUUCUCCCCUUCCCACCAGUAUAAUAUCAGUCAGAGCCCUGCAAUGCAGUCAGUCCCUGGUUCUCAAAUGCAGCACCGCCAGCAUGGCCAGACCUUCCCAGCUGUGCACCAUGCACAGCAGCAUAGGAGCUACCCGCACUCCGGGCACAGAAUGACCCCUCAGUACGCACACUACUCACCGCAGGGCGCGGCUUCCACGGGGUCAUCAGGAAUGUACAGCCCCCCUCCACAGAGAUAUCUGGAUGGAGCCGCUAGUGCCGGGUUUGAUCCCAAAGUCAACAGUUCUCCCAGCGUAAACUCCAGUUCAAACUCAAUCUCCAGUUCAGUUACUGCUAACAAUGUAGGGCCAAUGGAGAAUGUUCCACAGAGUUACCAUGCUUCAAAUUAUCCUGGUUACUCUCCACAGACGCAUUCGCUCCACAAGCAGGCCACAUUACAGCACCGCAACUCACAGCACAAUUUAGGGGUAGGUUAUGACAACUCUCUCAAGAUGCAACACCAGGGUCCGUCUCCAGGCUCUGUGUAUGCUAAACAUCAUCAAGCUUCUAAUUCGAGUUUACCUCAGCCAGCAUCACAAGAAAUUGCUAAAUCCCCAAUGCACCCUAAUGCGCAGCAAACUCAAAUUAACCAAAACUUUAGCCCGAUUUCCAAUCCCAGUCCAGCCGCUUCUGCAGUGCAUUCCCCUAGCUGUAGCUCUUCUCCUUCGCCUUUGAUGGGUGUCUCAGAGGCACAUGGGAACCCCUCAGGUCACGGACCUUCACAUCCCCCUACAUCAAACCCUCGUAGCAGCCAUGGUCAUGGUAGAUUACUGCACACCAUGCCUCAGUUAAGUCCCACACCCAACUCAAAUAGCAGCAUCAGUAGUUGUGGUAGCAGUGGCAGUCAUAAAGCUCAUAACCUGAGCGCUGUUGGAGGAAGCAAUCUUCCUGCAACAGGCCGCAGUAAGAUGGGUCUCGGUGCAGGAAUCGGAAGCCGAGAGGAAGGCUCCUCUGUUUAUUCUUCUUCUCUUGACAAAAUGCAAGAUGCCGGCUUGAAUAGUCUUAAUGCCUUGAGCUCACAAGUAGCCAAUUUGCCGAACACAGUUCAGCACAUGCUCCUCACUGACACAGUUUUUUCACAGAGGAAGAGAGAUGGUGGGCAGAUGCAACACGGGGCACACGGCAUACCCCCGUCUCAGCCCAGAAGCCGAAAUGCGAGUGCAGCCUCGAGUACUAGUACAGUUAAAGAUGGAGGUGCCGUGGGGACCAGCGAUGGUGCCAGCUUAGAUGCUGGCGCUGAUGAAGAAUCCUCAUUGAUAUCUGUCGGAGGUUCGUUAGGGACCAAGGUGGAGCGAGAGGAGCAGUUUUCUGAAGGGGAGCAUGCAAGAAUAAGGCAGAUGAGCGGUGCAAGCAGUGGAUCAGAAACAACUGGUUACCCGCAUCAAUCUCAGAGUCAGACCCAACCACAGACUGGACAAGCCUCAAAUGCUAAAACUGUCACUUCUGAGCAGCAGAGUGAGGAACCUGUUGCAUCUGAAGCGAAAGUAAACGAAGCUCACAUUCCUUCAUCAUCAUCUCCAUCUUUUGGACGUCAGUCGUCAGAGACUCGUCCAACUUCAUAUUCAACACCUCCAGUUUCGUCAUCCCCUUCAUCCACAUCCUCCAGUAUUCAUCCUCGGCCCAAUUGUGUCCCAGAGCCCGCUUUAACAUACAAUGACCACAGAGAUGGCCUGAGGAAGACAACAGAAAUCAAAAAUGAAGUAAUCAAAAAGAGUGAAUGUGCAGAUGAGAAGUCGGAGAAAGGCUUUAGCCACAUGCAGCAAGAUGGAGAAGUCAAUACACAAAAUUGCCAGGACAAAGAAAAUAGGUUGCACUCUGCAUCUAGAUUACACAAUAAUGAGAGGGAAGAAAAGCACACAUCUGAGGAGCUGCAGAAUGCCAGCAGUGUUGGUGUGAUUGUUUCAGCUCGGUCUGAGGGAGCUCAUACUGACAAAACUAAGCAUCCUCAAGACAACAACUGUGUGGAGGAGAAACAGUCGCACGCUUACUUAAAAGAGUCAAGCAGUCAUAAUGGAGAGGAGGGUGUAGAUUUGACCAUGUAUUCUUCCCAUCACCAAAAAUUAAACUUUGGACGGCCGCAAAAUCCUCCUCAUUCUGGUUUGCAUAAAUAUGGCUACCCAGAAUCAGCAUAUGGGUCAGAUUUAUCCAUUAAAACCAAGGGGAGGACUGGCCCAGUGAGUGUAAUGGAAUCAAAUGCCAGAUAUCUAGGGUUUCAACAGUCACAAUCUGGUUAUGGCUCUGCGCACUCAAAAGAUGCUACUUCUAUGCCAGAUCCUUUGCUGAAGAGAGGACAAGGAGGGGGGGCUAAAGGUCAUGAGGAAAAUUCACAGAUACAGCAAUUUCCAAGCCUUUUGCAGGAGGUUCUUCAAGGUUACAAUCUAGACAGACGUUAUGGAAGACAAGAACAGGCUUAUUCUGCACAUCUUCAAGUUCAACAACAGUUUCAAGGCAGACACCCGUAUGGUCUGACUGAAGGUAUGAGAAUGCAGAGUGGAGUAACGGAAGGUUCUCAUUCCACCCAGAUGAGUAGCUCUGGAAAAGCCCCAACCCAGAGACAUGGAAGUGAGCCUGAUUUUACCACAGAUCCUCAGUCUUCUGUUAAGACAGAUUUGUCCAACGCUAAGAUUCUGCAGACUGCUGAAAAAACUGAAGUGGGUGUGUCCCAGAGCCAUAUACCACAGGCUGCAGAGCCUCAGCAACCCCCUCCGAAACAUAUAAACUUAGCAGACUAUUCUCUGCCUCAGAGAAAAGCCUUAUCAAAUGUGUCCACACCAUCUUCUGCUGUGCAGGAGCUGCUUCUACAGGAGCCAGAGCCGCUAACUGGCAGCAUUGGUCAAACCGAGUCUCAGAAAUCAUCAGGCUCCGUAUUAGCCCCAUCAGAGCGCCGCUCUGUCAUCUGUGAUGUGUCGCCAAAUCGACGCAGCACACCAGAGCGGGACAGGGAGAGCGACAGAGAGAGGGAGCGGGAGAAAAGUCAGAGUGGAGCCUCUGUGAUCCAACAACCAUUCUCCUCCCCUGCAUUAGCAAGCGAUCUCAGUAAAAAAGAUACCGGUGGGAAACAAGUGAUAAAAAUGGAAACACCUAAAGAGGCUGGGGCAGAUCCUGCACAUUUACAAAGUGAACAACAAGGCAGUAGCGGGGCUAAUGAGGCAGAUAUGGAGUUUCAUACCAAGUCUGUUCAUUCGUCAGUUGUUAUGAAUCCUGACCCCUAUAGGCGAGGGACUGUUGAUAUUACUUCAUUGCCUUCUCAUCCUCUGAGCGCUAAUCCUUUAUCUUCGCCAUCAAGGCAUCAGUCGUAUCUCCACGGCGUUGAUCUGUCAGCCAGUGGCAGUAGUGCAUUUCCUAGUUAUCGAUACGGUGAUGCGAGAGAAGGAGGUAUCAUGUCACGCAGUAAUCCCCAUUUUCCCUCUCACCAUCCCUACCACAAUUUAUCCCCUCAAGCUCAGACCACAAAUAAGCUUCAAAUGUACCCUCACCCUCGUGGCCCCCCUCAUCACCCGCAUGACAUGAGUGAGUGGGUAAAAGCAAUGAAUAGGCCUGCGAAGGAGAUGAUGUUGCAGCCUGGCUCUUCUCCUGGAAGACACAAGAUCAGCCAGUCAGAGCAGAGACAGAGAAUGAUCUCUCAAGCUGACCUUCCGGGUGAACAGCACCCGAGUAAAAGUUCACUCCAUCAUCAAAGCGCUUAUUAUGACAUGAAAAUGUGGGAGUCGGCGCACCCAGGAAGAGAUGGCGCUCGACUGCUAGAGGCAGACUCCUACUUCAGGACACAGCCACCGCCCCCUCUUCCUCCUCCUGCACCUGUCGUAUCACACGGUCCUGUUUCUCUCCUGUCUCAUAGCCAAAGUGCUGCAGAAACUGAAGCCAGAGGAGCCACAGAGGAAGUCAAGCACCCCUGCCCCCUUCCUCCUCCUCCUCCUCCUCCCCCACCACCUCCUCCUGCAUCCAGCUCCACUAAGCCUCCUGCUGACGCGAACUCUAUUCAGCCACAGGUGCAGCGUCAGACUAAAUCCGGGGCUUCUGGAGACACAAAUCCACUAAUGUUGAGGAGGAGAGUUCGUUCUUUUAUCUCUCCUAUUCCCGCCAAAAGGCAACUCCAGGAUGUGUCGCAGCAGAGGGCUGCCACAAAUUCUCAUCACUCCCCUGGGGCUCAGUCUGAGUUGAGCCAUCACAAUGAAGAUGACUCAUCCAGUUCAGAUAUUCCAUGUCCCAGGCUCUCUUCCCCAAUGCCAGGAGAAAACACCUUUUCACAACCUCUGUCUCCAUCAAGUGGUAACAGCAAUGUUUUGCCUUCCAGAAAAGGAAGAGGGUUGAAACUUGAGGCAAUAGUGCAGAAAAUCACACCAAAUAUUAAAAAGCCAGCGGGCCAUGCUGAUGAUGACUCAAAUCAUUACCCAGGCUUCUCUCACCCAGAAAUACCAACAUUUAAUGAUUCGCAGGACCAAGACUUAGCACAUUUCCCCAGGGCCACAGGAGGGGACGAUAGUUACAUGGAUGAAAGUCACUCGUUAAACGACAUGAUUCCCUUUAGAGGAGUUGAUGACGCUGGACCUUUACCUCCCUCCGCCUACCCAUGUGAUUCCCAUCAGACGUCUCAAGUCCUCAAACAGCAAGACUUUGACUUUGGAUUAGGUGCUGCUGUAGCAUCAGGUGACAAGGAAGAUUUUGCAUUGCUUGGUCCUUUACCCCCUCCCCCACCUCUUCCCCGCCCAGUCCAGGGUUCCCCACCUCCGUCUUCAUCCGCUCUUUCAGACAUCCAGCAUUUCACUAACACAUACCAGCAGCUGGAGACAAGGAGGGGAGAGCAGUCUGCUGCUAACCUCCUUCGACAGAAGCUUCAAGAAUCUGGCAUAGGAUUUGAUGAUUAUCCUGGCAGUGACUACUACGGGACGACCCCACCCCACCACAGCCAAACUCCAGGACACAUGCUGAGCAGACAUCAGAUGUCCUCUAGUAGGUCCAGUCUGUCGCCACAAGACUCAAAGCCACUGGAGAGCGUUGUGCCUAAAGGCUAUUUCCCAUCUGGCAAGAAAAAGGGCAGGCCUGUCGGGAGCGUGAAUAAACAGAAACGGGCUCAGAACCAAGUCCAAACACAGGUCCAAGCUCAGCCUCAAGUCCCAGCACAGAACACAGUUAUGACUGCCCCUCCUGCUCCACCCGUUACAGCUUCCGCUGCUGACCCACCCCAGACUGUUGUGCAGACUGCCAGCACCAUGUCAGCCCCCACAGCACCUCCGCCGCUGCCUGACAACAAAGACACUCCCCCGCUCGCCCCACCCAUUUUAACCCAGGUAGUGAAGGUGGACGUUGAGAUCGAGGAGACACAGCCUGAGAUAGAGGUUAAACCAGCGCGACGGAGACGCAGAGGUGUGAAGGAUGAAGAUGAGCCGCUGGAAGCAAGAGGACGACAGAGGAGGAGGAGGAGAGGGGCGGCUCCAGCACCGCCCCCACCCCCACCCAUGGCCAAAGAUGACCCUGAAACACCUUUAGGGGCGGUCGGGAGUUUUGGCGCAAAUAGAGUUUUUGCAGAUCCAAAUAGAAAAGGUGUGUUUGUUCCUCACAUACACGUGGAAAAAAAAGUACCAGAGAUUGGGGCAGUGUGCACCAUUGUAAACGCUGAGGAGGACAAGAUGAAAGGAGAGCGUAGUGCAGUUGGAGGGAAAGCAGGCGCGAGUGGAAUUGAUUCUCUCCUGACCUCAGCUCUUUCCUCACAGUUAUCUAGGAGAGACAGAGAAACAGAGAAAAGGGAGACAGAUGAGGUGGAAACUAGACUUCAGUCAGGAAAAGCACUUCCUUCAUCUGGCUAUGUUGUUUCAGGUCCUGUGAUUACAGAGACCAAUCACUCUGGCCGCUUGCUUUGCUGUCUCUGCCAGAAAUGGGCAAAUUACAAGCACCUCGGAGAUCUCUACGGGCCUUUCUAUCCAGCAGAAUAUGCUGCGAAGCUCCCCAAGAAUCAGCCGCAGGUCAGACAGUGUCAGACAACCACAGGCACAAACAAAGCAGGACCAAAUUCAGACAUGAGCUCAAAUGCUUUGAGCACUAUCCAAGAUGCACAAACACAAGAUGCUCCGCUUACCAAGCCCUCGAGUGAGAGUGACUACAGCAUCAAGCUGGAUUCUAACUCAACAACUCUUAACACUACAGUCAGAAUUGCCUCCCCCGCUGGGGUAGAGGAAAUGAUGAUGCCUGUGGCUGGCAAGUUUGGGAGCACCACUUUGUCUUCUUCCUCCUCCACCGCCUUCAAACCGUCUAUUACCUGGGACAUGAAUCUGGAUAUCCGACCGAUCCCCGAACUUAAGAGGGAGCCCGAUCUUGAAACUGACCAGCAGCAGCCUCAGAAGCCGUGGCAGCAACCAGCAGAUGAAGCUCAACAGCGACCUCAACACCGAAAGCUGACCUCGCAUCCCCGCUUUAAAAGGAGGCACAAGUCCAGCGAGGAUUCCCCCCGAAUGGUUCCAUCCAACAGCAAAGCGUCUCUGCCCUUCCAGCCCCCUCCCCCGGCCCUGGACUCCCUGGGACCCCUGGCACAGCUCGCACAGUUGCCUCAAAUGCCCAUGGACCCCGAGGAGCUGUGGGUCCACGAAGGAUGUAUAGUGUGGACCAGUGGGGUGUAUCUGGUCAAUGGGAGACUGUACGGCCUGCAGGAGGCACUAGAUGGCGCCAGAGAAACAUGUUGCUCAUACUGUGAGAUGGUUGGUUCAACGCUGGGCUGCUACAGUAAAGGCUGUACUCUUCGCUAUCACUACUUGUGUGCUAUUGAAGCAGACUGCUCUCUGAAUGAAGACAACUUCUCACUGCGGUGUCCGAAGCACAAGGUAAAGAAGGAGAGUUUACCCAGAGCAUCCGGCCAGCCAAGUCAGUGUACCUGGAGCAGUCAGAGAGAGGCUGAGACAAACGGAGAGGACGACGACGCAUAUGUCUCUGGGAACUGUUAGUUUGGACGCAGACGGUGAAAAGACACGACUGGCAUCCGUGGUGAAGAACAACAAAAGGGAAUGUACAAUUUCUCAACGGGAAUCAGCAUUAUUUACAUUAAAGACAAUGGGGAUAAAAAGACACUUUUUUUAAAGGAAAAAACAAAGAAUUAUUGCUCUUUACUUAAAAGCAGAAAAAGGAAAAAAAAAAACAAGGACUUGCAACAUAGAGGAGCGGCGCUACAAGAAAAACUGACUUUGAAAAAAAAAACAGCAAAGAUCAAAUGGAACGAGACAUGAAGACUGACAGAGGAACUAGAGGAACUAAAGGAACUUUUCUAUGAAGAACAGAAGAAACAGCCUUCCUCUCUGGGGUUACUUUGAUUUAAACUCUUGUUUAUCAUGAUCUGUAUUAUCAUUUACAUUUUUUUUUCUUUGUCUUUUCCGUUUUGUUUUGCUUUGAAGAGGCAGUCUUUGGGAGCAAGUUGGGUCGAAAAACCCACACAUGAAAAGGAGACACAUCUGUAUCCUCUCACAAGUAGUAUUUUAUCGCAUACUAGAACAAUCACAGUUAUCAUUUUAGCCCUCAUUAUUAUUUUUGUAUCCUCGUCAGUAUUUACUCAUGAAAAUGAAACGGAUGUAUCUCACUUUUAUAUUCAGUCGACACACGAAUCGGCUCGUUUAAUUUCUUUUGUUUUGUUUGGUUUUUUUGUUUUGUUUUUUUUUUUUUUUUUUUUUUUGUCUGUUUGUUUCAUUCCUGGAGAGGAGAGGAGCCGGAGCGCUGUUGUGUGGAAUGUCAGGGUCGAGAGUUUUGCCACAAAGACAUUAUUGCCUUGGAGAACGGACAUCUGUUGCCUUUCAAAAAGUCUCGUGUGCGAGCGAGAGAAACGAGCGCGAGCACACGCGCCGCUGAAAAAAAAAAAAAAACACCGCCGACACGCCGGGUCUUUGAUUCCAUUUUGGUCCUUUUAAAAAGUGUUCUUAUUUUUCAUCACUUGGGGUUUUUACGGUACAGAUAGUAUUCAUGAAAAAUCAGAUGGACGCGAUCUUAUUUUUCAAAACGUUGGUGAAGGAGGAGGACAGAGACUCGUUAAGAGUAGGAGAGAUGACACUACGGGCCGCCGUCGCCGACUGGAGACGCCAGAUGAAGGAGAGGACACUGCAGAGAUUUUUUUUUUUUUGUUUGUUUGUUUUUUUCGUCCCGAACGCUGUUCUGCGAGCGAGUCCAGCCGAAUACUUUCCAGUGGGUUCAUUCUUCAGCACGCAAUUGAAUCGGGAGACGCAGAGACCCAUUCAAAAGAAGCAUUGCCAUAAGAUUUAAAAAGUGAGUCGUACAUGGUGUUGUCUUUAUCAUUUUUUAUUGUUAUUCUUGUAAAAAAAAA